GACCCACACACACACACACAAUGCUGAUCAAAUUAACAAGUCUAUUGUUCAUUCUGAUGCUGGUGCUGGCUAUAAAUGCGGAUGCGACAAAUACAACAACAGAAGCUAGCCCGGACAAACUCAGACCGCUCUGUUACUUAAAGCCACUGACGGGUCAAUGUAAAGCCGCCUACAGACGUUGGGCCUACAACCUAUCCAAGGGCAAAUGCAUUCAAUUCAUUUAUGGCGGCUGUGGAGGAAAUAAGAAUCGUUUUAAUAACAAAGCGACGUGCAUGAAGACUUGCAGUUAAAAAUGUUGCCUAACUUAUAAGAAAUAUAAAAAUUGAAGAAAA